AGGGAGAUGAGAUCGGAAUGAUUACGACAUUCGCCUCCAGAUUUCGGAUUAUUCCGCGCUUCUCCUUCGACGCCGCCGACGACGACGACGACGCUUGCGGCGGCGGCGGCGGUCGGAUUCGCAGGGCGCGCGCUUGAUUCGGCUCGCCGUCCGUUGGGAUCGGAGAAGGAGGACCGCUGGUGCUGCUCUGCAAACUGCAAUGGCGACGAAUCCUUCUCUGCUGCCCGAGAUCGGACCCGAUGGCCUCGCGAGGGAAGCUCCCGUCAUCGCCUACACCGAGAAGAUAAUCGCGGAAGAACAGCUUCAAUUGAAGAAAUACAUAGAAGAAAACUACUCUAAGAUUCGCGAUGUCGAGCGGGAGCUAGCGAAUCUUUCAAUGGAGAUGAAGCUCACUGCUGGACCAAAGAAAGCAGCACUCGAACAUCUGAGGAAGAAAAUUGAAGCGUCGACCGAGAGAAUUCGAGUCGCGAAGCUGAAGGAAGAAGAAGCACGCAAGGUAUGGGAAGCGGCAUCCAAGGUCGUGAAGGAUGAGGAAGCAAUGAAGCAGAAGCUUUGUGACGACUUAUCAAAUCUGGUCCAAGAAAGCAGCACCUCUCAGUUUAAUAGACUAGAGGAACUGAAGAGACGACUUGGAGCUCUGAACCCAGGCAGGACGUCAGUAUCUAGUCCCCAGGCUGCUCCGAGUGGCACAGGUGCUGAUGCUCCCGCUUCUUCAGUUCCUCACGCAUCGGGAGCAGGUCAGGCGGCCGACAACUCAACCCACCGAGGAAGUAACGGGAACGGGCCGAGCCGACAACCGACUGCUGACGGGGAAGAAAGAGGGCGAAAGAAGGUCCAGUUUCAAGGAAGAGGGAAGGGAAUCGGGGCAGUUCCCAAGGGUAGAGGGCCUCCCGGUCCUGGUUGGACGGGGGCGGGCUUUGAUGUGGAUGGUAGAACUUGACAAAAGCCCAGUUUUUAACUUUGUUAUUCUUUUUUGUCGCUCAGAAGAUUCCGUUGCCACAGUGACCAUCCGAGCAUUCUCAUUUGGUAUGCAAAUGCCCUACUUUUGUACUUCCAAGUGGAUAUUGAAUUAUUGAGUUAAAACUAUAUGUGAUAUUUGUUUAUUUUUAAU